AUGCUCGGCGCCCGGGUCGCAGCCCACCUGGACGCACUGGGCCCCCUGGUCCCCUACGUGCCGCCGCCGCUGCUGCCCUCUAUGUUCUGCGUGGGCCUCUUCUUCGUCAAUGUGCUGAUCCUGUACUACGCCUUUCUCAUGGAGUACAUCGUCCUCAACGUUGGCCUCGUCUUCCUGCUCGUGGACCUCGGCGUGCUCUCAGACCCCAGCUCGGGCCUCUACGAUGCUGACUCGGAGCUCGACGUCUUUGAUGGGUACUUGGAGUAGGGUCUCGACUGCCGUUCCCCUCUUCCCUCCACGAUCCGCAAUCCACUCCCUGGACCAGCUGCCCAGAUCAUGCUGCCGCUGCUGGUUGGGGGCACCAUCUGGACGGGGAUGGGACCCCAGGAGGAGGCCCUCCCCUGGAGGACCUGCCUUCUCCCCUCGAAAGCUUCGUGCCAACAGAGAGGUUCCUUUUCAGACCCAGGAGGGUAGAACGCAGAUUGGGACUGAGUGCGGAGAUUGGAAAGGCCUCUGCUCCCGCAGAAGAGGGGAAGGCAGGGGGUGUCCCAAGACCUCAUCUGCCUGCAGCAUCACACUGACUACCUGGCCUCAGCUUCUGAUUAUUUGCAACUGCCAUGGAUGUUUACAGGAACCCAGCCAGAGUUUGCCUCCCUGCACUUCACCCCGGAGCGCACCUGCUUCCCCCACUUCACCUUCGGAGAGGACACUUCAAACUGUGGACACACGCAAAAGUGACUCCCAGCUCCAUUUAAUGUGAGUUGAGCCUUCAGGCCAGCUGGGUUUAGCCCAAGGCUGGUCUUAGAUGCAGAGACUGUUUCAGGGAGUGACUCAGAAGAAAAAGAAGCCGAGGAAGCUGUCGGGGGGUGCUGAGGGUGGGAUUCUCGCUUCUUCAUUUCAGGUUACUCCUUCUUCUGCAAGUUGGCAAAACAAGUUCCUCAUGCUGGGGAGUGCCACGUGACUCCCCUGGCUGGAAAGCUUUUCUGAAAGCAUGUGUGUUGUGCCUACUUAAUUCUGAUAAACCUGUUUAAGCAAUACUUAGGAGGCUGACUUCUUUGGAUUAAACAAAAAUGUAUGCAACUCCAAAAAAAAAA